AUGGGCGAUUCGACGGCGAUUCCGGAUGUUCUCAAUCGGAUCGAGGGGACUCUCGAGUUCCUCCUCGAACAGAGUAAAACCACAAAGAGGUAGGCCAAAAAUCAUUCGAACUGCAAAAAGAAAACGUAAUUUCUAGGACAGCCGUUAGAUUCUCGUGCCCUUCUCCUCCUCCGCCGAGUUAUUUGAAGCGAAACGCCUCCGGAGAACCGUCGUCGUCGAAAGUACAUCGUGAAAGCCGGCAUCAAUCCGAAUCGGCAGAAAACGAGCCCGAAUCCGACGGAUACCUCGGCUCCGGCGAGAGUUCCGCGUCGCCGCCGCAAGGACCGAAGAUUGCGGACGGAAAACGGAAGGAGAAGAUCUUUUUGCGAUUCUUCCCGAGGAAGCCUUCGCCUCUCAAAAAGCCGCCCGGGCAAGGUAAUCGGAAUGUACGUUGUCUGGCUGCAUCAGACACCGAAAUUUCCGAAUAAAUUUCAGAUCGAGUUGGUGGAAGUGAACAAUAAAGAGACGCAACAGCUGAAACGACCCAGAGAGGGCGACGAGGAGACGGUCGGUUCGAAGAGGAAAAGACGAGACGACGAGGACGUGGAGGGCUCCUGA